AUGCCUUCUCAUCUCUAUUUUUUUUUUCUUCUAGAUAAUCCCAUCAACUGGGCAUUGGCAGCUAUUCUAGUCUACAUCUUGCGCUACUUUACUUUGUCUAAUAAACCUCAAGUCAUCAAGGCACAACAUCCUAAUGUGAUUGUCUUUAAAAACUAUACGCCAGUUGAACUGUUGCCUUACAAUGGUACCGAAGACAGUCGCAUUCUGAUGGGCGUAAACGGCUCAGUGUACGAUGUUACUCAAGGUCGCAGUUUCUACGGGCCAGGAAGCCCAUAUGCGAAUUUUGCUGGCCAUGAUGCAUCGCGUGGACUUGCCAAAAACUCAUUUGAUCCAGAAAUGAUGGUUGACCCUUAUGGACCAAUAGAUAAGCUUGAGGAUUUAGAGGCAGAUGAUUGGGAGUCUUUAAGAGAAUGGGAAAAUCUAUUUAAAGGAAAAUAUUUACUUGUGGGUAAACUGAUUGAAAAUAAAUAA